CGGUGCGGACGGUGGUGCGCCCCGUGUGGAGUAUCGCGUGGUGGCGGUUCCCUCGUAAUUUUAUCUGCUGCGGACCCCCCCUCCUCGCACUCGUAAUCGCUCACUCCGUCGUCCUGCCGCCGCGCACCGUCUGCCACCGGAUGGGUCUUUGUUUACUACGCUGCAGUCCACCGAGUGCUGAUAGCCGCACCGUUUACUAUUUUCCCUUUCCACUCCCUAUUAAAACGCUCGUUCGUCACUGCUACUCCGUUUCCCCCCCCAUCACCAUCACGGUCCGCGUACGUUUAUCCAGAUCUCGCUCGGCACUGGCGGUAGCGAACAAAUAAUAAACAAAACAAAAAAAAAAAAAAAAACAAAAUCAUCGCCGUCGUUCAGUACGCAAUGUGUAUUCGAUUGUAACGUCGUAAGGUCCCGUCUCACCCAGUGUCGUCGUUUUUACCGUCCGCCGGGUACUAUCUUCGCGGUGACCAGUGUCCGUUGGCUAGCCGUUAUUUCGUCUCGCGACAUCCACCGUCAGUGCCGUUUCCGUUCCGUAACGACUUUGUUUUCGACUCGAAUAUUCGGCGUGUACCGGUAAGGUGCGACGAACCUAUGGCCCUAACCCGUCCAGAAGAGUGUGUUUCGGUUAGACUAUUGCUGGCGCUAAUCCCUUGGUGUUUGAUUCUUACGCCGUCGCCAAUAUUGUUUUAAUGUCCGUCCGAUCAGAACUACUGCUUGUUGCUGAAUCAAUUGCUGUGUCUUAUCAGCCUUAAACGUCGGUGAUGCGACUGUUACAUGAUGAAAGUCACCGUCUGUUUUGGUAACACUAGAGUGAUCGUCCCAUGUGGACGAGGAGAAAUAUUAGUCAAAGACCUCAUACAUCAGGCCAUCACUCGAUACAAAAAAGCUACUGGCAAGAGUUCAAAUUCGUGGGUAACCGUUCACAGUUUGCAAUCUCAGAGUGAUGGUGGAAUUUUGGACCCGGAUGAUCGUCUCAGAGAUGUUGCAGAUGACAGAGAACAAAUUAUUGCCCUCUAUGAUGACGGUGAUAGCAAUAGCCCACACCAACAUGGAGGUGGUGAUGGGGCAAGUGCUACCUCUAGUCCAGAUAUUUUUAAUGGCCGAGAUGGUCUACAUACUGACAUUGAAGUUACUAAUGAACAAAUUGCUAGUGGUUUACCAGCUUUACAUGUCCGAAGAGGCAGUGAGCCUGCUCUUAAUCAGUUACCGCUUGAAUGUCCUAAUAAUUUGGGAAAAAGAAAUUGCAAUACAAGGCCUGCUGCAUCUGGUCAGUCUAAACGAUGGUCGGCAGCUCCAAUGAUUCAUGACCCCAAAGAAAAACUUAGAACUGAUGAUUAUAUGAAAAUCAAUGGUUUUGGUUUAUCUAACAAAUGGCGUUGUUCAGAAGAAGAUGAAGAUGAGUUAGAAUUAGGUGAAGAGGAUAAAGCACCAGUUACCAAUCAUUUUUUGGCUCAAACAUUUCAUCGUGAUUCUUCAAACCGUUUAUCAAUGCAAUUCUUAGGAGAAUCAUCUAGUGGUUUUCGAUGGGCUGAAGCUGCUGAUUUAGCAAAUAAUCGAGCAUUAUCAUUAUCAUUACCAAGGGAUCAUAGAAGAAAAGAACCUUUGGGUCAAGCAAAUACAAAUCCUCCUAAUCAUUUACCAGAAUCACAAAAUACUGAUUAUAUAGUGUUGAGCACUGGUGGUGGUUCACUAGGCAUUCAUGUUGUCCCAGAUUAUAAUGCUCUGGGAAAAGAACGUGGUCUUUUAGUUCAAGGCAUUGAACCUGGCGGUCGCGUGCAUUGUGAUGGCAGAUUGAAAGUAUAUGAUCGAAUUGUAGAAAUCAAUGGUCGAUCAUUGUUGGAUCAGCCAUUUAAUGCCAUACAAGAAAUAUUUCGAGAUUCACUACAUUCUUCUGAACUUAGACUUAAAGUUAUAAAACAUAAGAAUAAUGUGGAUAUUCAAACUAGUCAAAAUACGGGGACCUUUAAUAAAAAGCAGCCGCCACCACCAGUAUUUCCUAAACCAUCUACAAAUACAAGUGUACCUUUCAGUAAUAAAGAAAAUGUCUCUGCUGGAUCUUCUAUUAAAGACAAUAAAUUUAACUCAAAUACUAAAAUAGCUACAGUAUCUCCAACUAAAAAAAUAACAGCGCCAACACCUACAGCAUCUAAUAUUUUAAUGGUGGCCAAUACAAGAAAAAUAGGAAAGAAAAUGGAAUUAGAGCUUACCAAAGGAUUUCAUGGCCUUGGCUUUAGUAUAACAACUAGGGAUAAUCCAGCUGGUGGAAAUUGCCCUAUUUAUAUAAAAAAUGUGUUACCAAAAGGAGCAGCUGUAGAAGAUGGAAGACUAAAACCUGGAGACAGAUUGUUAGCAGUUAACGGUACGGAAUUGACUGGCAAAACUCAAUCUGAAGCAGUUGCUGUAUUAAGAAAAGUUCCUUCUGGUGCAAAAGUAAAAAUUAUUGUUUCUAGACAGGAAGAUGUAAUUAGUCAAGUAGUACCUAAGUCAAAUCAAGAACUGGAUGAAAGUUUUGAACAAGAAGUAGGCACUUUACCUGAAAAUCAAAUAACAGAAAUAAAUGAAAAAUCCAAUAAUAAUACUGUUCAGGAGUUUGUUAAGAGUUUAGAAGAAACACAAACAUUUCCUUGGAGACAUAAAGAAAUAUUAACAUUUGACAUUCCUGUUCAUGAUUCUGAAAAAGCUGGUUUGGGUAUUAGUGUUAAAGGAAAAACUUCAUCUACUAAUAAUUUAAAUGAUAAAGACACCGCUCAAGAUUUAGGUAUUUUUAUCAAGAAUGUAAUACAUGGCGGAGCAGCUUCAAGGGAUGGUAGAUUACGGACUAAUGAUCAGCUAUUAUAUAUUAAUGGUAUUUCAUUAAUUGGUCAAUCUAAUGCAGCAGCUAUGGAGACAUUAAGGAGAACUAUGAUGAACGUAGAUCCAGGUCCAGUGCCUGGUGCUAUAUCUUUGACUGUUGCUCGUCGACGUAAUAGUUCUCCAAAUUCGCAUAGAAGACGUAGUCGUGAUUCUUCUUCAAGUCUACUAACAGAUUCUUCAGCCAAUACUGAAACAUUUGGUCAUGCUGAAAGCAGUGAUAGCAGUGCUCAAAAUACAGCGGAAAAUUCUGGAACAAGUGAAAACUCUGAUAAUACUGUUAUCUUUAUGCAUCAAAGACAAGGUUCAGAGAAUUCAAAACGGACUACUUUAUCUAAAGCUACUUCUCCAGAUGGAAUCGCAAUUCGUAAUCCAGUGUUAGAAAGGUUAACUGGACAAACUAAUCGUUAUAAUGGAUUGCGUAAUGAAAGUUAUUAUAAGGCCACUCACCAAACUACAAUUAUGUUGAAAGAGGAAGAAAAAUUGAAUAGUCCCACCACUAAUCAAUCUUCUGAUGAAAUGUUAAUUAUUGAAGAAGACCCUCCAAUUUAUAAUACUGUUAGCAGGAAAAAAAUAGAAGAAGAAAAACCAACAUCAGUCAUAUCUCCACAACAAGCAAGAACUGGAUCAACUAGUACAGAUGUAACUUAUGCUAGCCAAUUAUCAUUAGAUAAUGCUAAUUCUGGGUUUUCAAGAGAUGCUUUUGGACGUCAAAGUAUGUCUGAAAAACGACAUGCGACGUUGGAUGCAAAAAAUACUGAUACUUAUCAAAGGAAUAAAAAAUUACGUGAAGAGCGUGGAGAUGAUAACAAAAGUCGUAACAGUUUUCCUUCAAAACAACAACUGGGACCAUCACUUGGAAUGAAAAAAUCGUCUAGCUUAGAAUCUUUACAAACAAUGGUCCAAGAAGUACAAAUGACAGAUGGAGGAACAAAACGUGGCAAUGUUAGAGUAGUCCGUGGUAGAGGAUGUGAUGAAAGUUUUAGAGCUGCUGUUGACAAAGAUGGUCCAUUAUCCUUGCAUGAACUGCGGUUGGAAACAUGUGGUGAAGAAAACAACUAUCAUCAAAUUGGUCAUCGACAAUCUUCACUUCAUUCUCAAAUUAAUUACAAAACCCCAAAGGCACAUGUUACCAACAAAAAAAAACCAGGAUUAUUGAAAGGCAUUGGUUCCAUGUUUAGAUUUGGUAAACCUCGACGUGGACCAGACUUAAAUGGUACUUUAAGCUCAGAAGAAGAUAAUUUAGCAGAUCGUGAACGAGAAAUAGCAAGAAGAAAUGCUCGCGAUGAACAACUCAGAAUACAAGAACAAUACCAAAGAUUAAUGCAACGACAGGCAGAAAUGCAAGAACAAAAUCAAUGUCAUGAAGUUGCUAUAGAUGAUGGUUCUAGCAAUUAUUCUAAUGUAGUAACUAAAUUAUCUAAUCCUGAACAAUCGCGUAUGGAUCGUAUUCAACAGCUCAGAGCUGAACAUCAAAGAAGACAUAUGGAACGCAGUGGGAAGUAUGUUCCAGAUGAAAGAGAGGAAAAUCAUUACGAAUCUGAUGUUCGUCAGCCUAAAAAUAACAGUCAAAAUGCUAUAAACCGCCCUGGUAGCCGUGUUGGUAUAAUUGAUUCGUCUCGAUUUAACCAUUAUGUCAAUUUCCAAGAAAUACAACAAAACCUUAGUUUGAUGCAUGAAAUAAGCGGCGUUAAGCUUCGGCGGCAUGGAAAAACAAAAAAAACCAUGUCUUGCUAUUAUGACACCGAUGAUGAAAGCCGAAGACAGUUGCACUAUCAUUCGCAAAGACGCGACCCCAAGGAAUCGGUCGCGCGUCCCAGUUCCAACUAUUACGAAUACGAGAGCGUGAUGCGGUCGCUACCGUACACGAGCGGCGGCGGCGGCGGCGGUGCGUCUCGUCUGGUGGACAACAAUUCCAAUACGUUGACUAGACAAGGCGGUGUCACUCCGACGGCUGUGGCUGCAGCGGCCUCCAACAACAGCAGCAGCAGCAACAGCAACAACGCGGGCGGCGGAAACGCUGUUCGCAAUCUACAACAACAGCAGCAGCCGUCGUCCCGUCACCACUAUCCCGUAGCGGCGGCCAACACCGCUCCACCGUCGAACUACUCGUACGGUUACGACGCGUCCCAAGGCCACAGCGGUGCGCAGAAGCAGCAGCACAGAGGGUCCGCGACCGAUGGUAAACACGCCGCCGGUGCUAUGUACUAUCAUCACAAUCACCACCAGAAACAACAGCAACGUCAGCAACAGCCGCAGAGGUCCUCGCCGCAGGGUCCGUACAUAACCCAGGUCACCAUCCGGGACAACCAACACAUCAUUCAGAGUCCCAACAUUUAAUUCCGUUUCAUCCGGUAAACGUGUUUAUGGUUGUUUUUUUCGCACGCCGGGUAACCCGCCGGUGUAUCGGGAAAAUCUCGCGUUUACGGUGUAAAUUUUUUUUUUUUUUUUCACUGAUUACGCGUACCGUAUUAUAAUAUGUAACUUACCGUUUCCUGAUUUACAUUUUAUAGUUUUUCCUUUCUCAUCACUGUUUUUAUCCUAAACCGCAUCAUCACUCAUAUAUGUAUAUAUAGUCAUAUUUUGUAUUGAUUACUCCGAUACAUCGUAACUAACCAAUGGUUUCAGUAGUGUUAUCUUAUUUUAUUAAUUACAAUGCGCUUUUGCAUAUUUUAUUUUUAUGUCUUUGAACGAUAUUUUUAUUACUUAAUUUACCGUCAUUCUUUUUAUGCUAUACUCGUUUUUAGUUUACCAUUAUGUAUCGUUUGCUUUCCGACCAAUACUUUCAGUAGUUCGAUUACCUCUCAUUCGCGUGGACGCAAAAAUUUUCUUUUAAAUACAUUUUUUCAUUAUCGAUUCCUUUUUAAAAAUAGAAAUAAUAUUAUUUAU